CAACUUUUGUAUUUACACCUUUUACCUAUCACCUGUUAUUACGGCUGCAGGUGGGUGUCAAAAUAUGGUGACUCACUCUGUACCUAAUUAAUUACACCUUUUCUCUUAGGAAAUUUAUUCCCAAAGUGAAAUUUCCAACUGCCCCAUCCGAUCUAUGUAUAUUUAGUUUUUUGGCUUUUCUGCUAUAAUAGUGGAAAAUCGCCUUACAUAUUGGAUUUUCAAAUUUUGCUCGCCCCCUUUUUUUUUCUUUUUUCAAUUUUUCAGAUUUUUUUGAAGGUAUUUUCACUGUUUUUGUUAUCAACAAAUUGUCUCAAUCGCAUUAUUUUAGAAUCUUUUGGUAAAUUAAGCUCGGCUUUUUUUUAGAAGGUUUUCUCUAUCUCCAUCUGUUCCGUUAUUUUCUCCUGAAUUCUUCUACUCGGAAAACUAAAUUAUUUCUGACUCUGAUUUCCCUAGCUUCUAAUUUUAUAGAGGUAGAUUCCAAGAAGCUUUCUGUGAUUCACUAGUUUGGUGUAGAACUGAUGAUUUCAGCCUUCCCUUCAAGAACUUCAGCGUAUCUAAUUUUGGAUAGUUUCUAAUGAUAAUAAUGAUAUUUUAUCUAAACCUCAUAUCAUAUUUGCCUCUGAUGAUGAUAAUAAGGAAGUCGUCUGCAUGUACUGAAAAUAGUUCCACGUUCCACAAGUGCUCAAGUACGUUAAUGAGUUUAUUCGAAGUUCUGUGGAGCUCGGCUUUAUUUUCUAUAGAGCGUGCAAGAGUUGAUUUCUUGCAGCACUUCAUAUGAUGUAUUGUCAACUCAAAAUCUCCCUUUAAACCUACUAUGAGCGCACCGAGCAAUUUCCUAAUUAAUAGAGUGUUUUUUUUUGAGGCUGUGUGAAAGUAAGUAUUGAUUUGUCAAAUUGAUAGUAGGUACUCGUGGGGUUAUUUAUAGUUUGGAAAUUAUACCAUAUUGACAGAAUUUUUAAUAAAUAUUAUUUCAAACUAUAAUAAAUUCACCAAAUAAUAAUUGUUUGAUAAAAGUAUAUAGAAACCUUUUAGCGAUAUUACGCAGCAAAAUAAGGCAAAAAAAAAAACACCAAAGAAUAUAUAAAUUCGAGGCAUUCAAGUUUCAAUAUAAGUGUUUUCAGUACCUACAUAUGCAUAUUUUGUAUACCUAAUCUUAUAAAGGUAAGAAACUUCAGAACAAAUAAAUAUAUAGAAUUUUCUUGUAAUCAAGAGUGAGAAAUUGAUUCAGGAAUCUUGCAAAAUGCAACUUUUUAUAAUAUCUUUCCUUGCCUUUUGCGGACUUAUCGUCUUAUGUAACGGAGAAUGUACCGAGGGAGUGUAUGAAUAUGGAGUAAGCGAAGAGGAAAAAAACUACAUACUUGAAACACACAACAGUCUUAGAGAAGAUCUUGCAAACGAUAGAGUGCCUGGUCAACCAAGAGCUAUAAAUUUGAAGCGAUUUGAAUGGGAUGAUUAUUUGGCUGGUCAAGCACAGGAUAUUGCCAACACCUGUGAAUAUGGACAUAGACCAGUUCAAGACAGUAGAGACAGUGUGGGACAAAAUAUAGCAAGAUCACAAACCACUAAUUACAUACCAGGAGCCAAUUGGACUGAGACCCUUAUCUCUCAGUGGUGGGACGAAUAUAAGAAAUAUGUAUAUCAAGACGGAGUUCAAGAUGACACUCUUCACUACACUCAGAUGGCUUGGGACGAUACUCAUUUAGUUGGAUGUGGUUAUACUUAUUAUGACGUAGGUGGAGAAUUUCCGUUCUUUAAGUUCUACGUUUGCAAUUACUCACCAGCUGGCAAUUCUGACAGAUAUCCUUACCAAACUGGAGAGUCUGGAUGCGAAAACUUGUGCUAAAAUGAGGAUAUCUGACAGGUGAUUGAUACCUUCUGUAUCAACAUUGUGUCGAUUUUUUUUUAAAAUUGGUACAAUUUUGCUGAAAAUAAAGCAAUUAUUUUUCAUAACUAAUAUUAUUUGUGUUAUUUAUGUACCUACACC